AUGGCGAACACUAUUUAUCAAUCACCGACAAAGGCCCUAGUACACAAUAUGCUGCCAUCCAUUCUAAGGACGCACCAGCAGAUUGACAUUCACGAUAUUAGUGACGAUUGGAGUGGAACUACAGAUCCUGCGAAGCGGAGGAAACUUCAGAAUCGCCUGCAUCAAAGGGCGUGGAGAAGGCGGCAAACCAUGAAAAGAAAUCUGGCUGCGUGCAACGGCGCCUCGGGUGAGGGAUUGAAGGUCUUAGUAAAACCGAAGCUACAGGCUGAAGUCAGGCACGCGGAGACUGCGGAGCAGCCGUUGAACCUAUGGAUGUGUUUCAACGGCACGGGCGAGACUCACCAGUCUUUGACUCGCUUCUCAGAAUAUGCUUAUUCGCAAUAUCUGGAAGGAUCACCACGAACAGAUCUGCUGUUGACACUGAUUAAAUUCAACAUCUUUCGAGCAUUGAUGACCAAUGAUCAAACCCUUGGUCUUGAUAAACAGUGGCUUCAGUGUGUAGCGAUCUCACCAUUUUAUCAAUCUCAAGGGACAUCCAGAGCACCCAUGCAGACUUGUCCUGUCAAUCUCAAGCCAACGAGCUUGCAGCGCACCGUGGAGCAUCAUCCAUGGAUUGACCUAAUGCCUGAUCCAGUCAUGCGAGACAACAUUCUCCUCCUUGGAGACAACUACGAUGACGAGCCACUGUGUCAUGAUAUCGUGGAUAACCGCCAUGGAAAACAAUCAGAGAGCCUUAUCGUCUGGGGUGACCCAUCCAGAUUAGAAAGCUGGGAAAUUGGAGAAGACUUCUACAAGAAGUGGUCUUCAAUUUUGCAAGGCUGCCAUGGCCUUUUCAAGGCAACAAACAACUGGAGAGCUAAACGCGGCGAGCCAAAGCUCUUUGUAUCUUUUCCUUGA